AUGACAGAUUCAACGGUCCAUGUUGCGAAUUCUGAAACAAAUAAAACUUGUGAGGAGCUUGACAUUUGGGAAAAAAAUCAACCAGAAGAUACGUAUAGCUUUGUAUACGCAACUGUAUCCUCAAAUGGAGAUUUAAUUUUGGAAGCUGAUUCAUUGUAUCCCGACAACUCCAUAGUUGAUCACUUUGAAAAAAAUCAUUUAGGCAAAGAGGUGGUCAUGUAUUAUCAUCAAGAAGUAAGUCAAUUGAAUGUACCACCUUUCAAAUCGACAGAAGAGGCAAGAAAAUAUUUGAUAGAUCGGUACAAGAAGUAUAGCGACAAGGACUUUGAAGCAAAAAAUAUUGACAUAUGGAAGGCUUAUAAAGAUAAUUUGCAAAAUUCAAAAUCAAAAGAUGAAAUGAAUAACGCUAAAAAAGAGUAUCAUUUGAAAAUAAAUGAACUUAUGACCUCUUAUCAAUCCAAAUUAGAAAUGGAAGGAAAAAAUGCCUGA